AUGUCUGAUGGUUGUCAGGUGUCUCCUGGGAGCCCGUCUUGUCUAUUCGAGUGUCUGUGUAUGUGUGCCAUCGGUUGCCACAACGACGGGGUGAGGUAACCAUACCUGCCAGGUGCUCUUUGAUGUGUCUUAGUAGCCGUGGAGGAUUCUGGGAAUGAAACUGGAGCCGAUCAUCAGCUGUAUUGUUUUCUUUUAGGGAGAUGGACGAAUCGAGUUUCAGGACACGGUGUGGUUUGAUGAUGCGUUACCAGGUGAACUCACACCUGGUCAGUUGGAGACAUUGUUACAGACAGACCUGCGUACACCUGAGCAGUUAGGAGAGCCGUGA